AUGGGUAGAACGUCUCAAGAGCAAUCCCAAUCCGACCAUGAUGACUUGGGUCCAUUUUCUCCCGAACCACAAACGGCUUCGCAAAACACUGCGACAGAUAUCGAGGCACUCGAGACGCCGAUAGUAGAGCAGAGCAAAGUGCAUCGAAGCACCUGGAGAAUAGCCGCUACACUGGUCGCAUUGUUCUUGUCCUUGUUCGUUGCUGCACUCGAUGCCACCAUCACUGCUACAGCUACACCAGUCAUCGUUCAUGAUCUCGGCUCAGCUGUCGGAUAUACCUGGAUUGGGGGUGCCUAUCUACUUGCGAAUGCCGUGGGAGCUCCAAUAUGGGGCCAGCUGUCGGACAUUUGGGGACGCAAAAUGAUCUUGCUGGGCGCCCUUGCAAUAUUCUUUGCGUCGUCCACCGUCUGUGCCGCUGCCACAACCAUGUCAGGAAUGAUUGUUGGUAGAGCUCUUCAGGGUUUCUCCAGCGUGGGCAUUAUAUUGAUUGUCCAAGUGGUGAUUUCUGAUCUAUUCAGCUUGAGACAAAGAAGUCUGUUCCUUGGACUGUCCCAAGGGGUCUGGGUUGUAGCUGGUGGCUGUGGCCCCAUCAUCGGUGGCUUAUUUGCCUCUCUUGUAACCUGGCGUUGGUGUUUUUGGAUCAAUUUACCCGUUUGUGGCUCGUCAUUCUUCAUGACGUUGCUCUUUCUGCGAGUUCAACACACGAAAACCGCCUUCCGAGUCGGAAUGAAAGCUAUCGAUUGGUGUGGCCUCUUGACCUUUCUGGCUGCGAUUCUGAUGGUAUUGAUCGGACUCAAUUUGGGCGGAGUCGUCUACCCGUGGACGUCUGCAAAAGUGAUCGUUUUACUCGUUGUGGGAGCUACCAUGUUUGCCGUUUUCAUCUUCUGUGAAGCCAGACUAGCCGAAUAUCCGUUGCUACCGCUCGGUCUCUUCAAGCAAUGGUCCAAUGUGGCUAGUCUGCUUGUGUGCUUCUCACAUGGUUUAGUCUUUAUGGCUCUGGAAUUCUACCUCCCGUUGUUCUUUCAAUCCGUCAAGACAGCCACUCCGCUCAAGUCUGGUCUGUAUGUCUUGCCCAUGGCAUUAUGUACAGGGCUGGCUGGAGUUGCGGCCGGGAUGAUCAUCCACCGUUUUGGUAGGUUCAGAGCACUCAUAUGGGUUGGCACCUGUGUAAUCUGCCUUGGAAGCGGCUUGCUCGUCAUGCUCGACACGGAAUCUUCGAUUGCCACAGCCCUCGGAAUCCAGGUUGUGAUAGGCACUGGGUCUGGGCUUUUAUUUCAGUCGCCGAUGAUCGCCAUUCAGAGCAGUGUCGAUCAGCAAGACGUCGCAACAGCGACUGGCACGUUUGCGUUUGUCCGAAGCACUGCCAUCGCCGUAUCGGUCAUUAUUACUGGUGUAAUAUUCCAAAGCUCCAUCGAUCAAAAAGCGUCCAUGCUCGCCGAGGCUGGCCUUCCAUCAUCGAUUCUGGAACGAUUAACGGGCAAGGAGGCAGCUGCGAACGUCAUGAUCUAUACCGAGAUAGGGGAUCCCUCUCAGAAGCUUGCCGUGUUGCGAGCGUUUGCAUGGUCGACGCGCCAGAUGUUUAUCGCCACCACCGCCUUCGCCGGCUUAGGCCUUGUUGCAGGUUUGUUCGUCAGACACGGUCAUCUGAGCGAGGAACACACUGAAACAGUCACCGGAAUCAAAGAAAAGACGCCAGUCACUUGA